AGCUUCGAUUUCGAUGACUAGUAUCCAGACCUACUUCACAAUGGGGCCGCAAACAUUAUGUUUCGUGCUGUAGUCGGUGUGAAACCACAGUUGCACCGCUGCGCAUCGCACAAAAACAGCACACGAGUACCACCAUGGUGCUCUAUUAUUUGGGCGCCACCAAGGAGCCAGCAGAUGUACGGUUUCCCGGGUUGUUUCUAGGCUUGCACCACACGUUUAAGAAUCUGCAGGGCGGUAUGAUGGUUGGAUGCGGUCUGGGCGCACUGCUUGGGUUUCUUCGACCCGGCUUCUCGCGAGGCACGAUGUUAAUAGACACAACAAGGUGUAUGGGCGUUACGGCUGGUGCGGGGCUCGCUUCAGGGUAAGGAUAAGAACAAGUGUUCUUCGUUGAUGGAGGAUGAGCAACGGGAGCACAGUGUGGAGUUCGUUUGACAAUAAACAGACGCUUUUAUUUCAUCCUCCCUGCAAAUGCUACUAACUAGGUUUCCCUACAGCGCAUAUGCCUACAGCCAUUUGGAGAGGGAGGGGAAGCAGAAGGCCGCGUUUAAGAUUCAAAAAAGCUGCUGGCACAAUAGGCUCGACCUAUUCACCUUGGGCGGUCUUGCCGCCGGAUUCGCAGUAGCGCCAACAACCGUCUGGACGUAUUGAGAGGAAAAAUCCCCCCUCCCCAUAUUGAAACGGUAUGUUUCCGAAAAUUUGUGUUGCUGAUUUGUGGUCACAAACCACAUCUGUCUUGCAAGAAGACAAGAGCAGUAGCCUCCGUCCCAUUAUGGAAGCGCUUUGUCAUGCUAGUGGGCCUAAAGGGAAGCCGUUUGCAAUGCUGAACAACUAGACCCAAACGCCCCUAGCUAGGCUGAGGAUCUGGCGGCGAUGCCUUCCUGCAAUACAAAGCGUAUUUGUGUACACAAAUCCAGCAUCAGAAGUUUCGUUUUGAUAUGGGGAGGGGGGAUAUUUCCUCUUGAUAGGACGGGGUUCCUGGAGUUCAUGGGGGCCGAGGCACUGGGGAGAGCAGGUGAGGUUUUUGCGUAUUGUUCACGUGCGACGUGCGUUCUUGUCAAAUUUGUAUCGAUUUUUUCCCGCCUAACUCAAGUACUUACUAACUUAUGUGCGACAUGAUCCUGAACUGUGAUUCCCAGGUUGCAUCCUAUGGUGUGGUUUCGGCGGGCUUUGCUUCGACUUCCCAGCAGUUCUAACAGUAUCAAAUGUAAAAAUGUCUGGGCCUGGAAGAAUGCAAGUUUGUCAUGCUUGUCUGGCAUGACUCUUAAAUCUGUCAUGCACAUUACCAAAGAGCCCCACUUUUCUGUCAUGCAGAAACGUAGUUUCUCAUGCAGAAUAGGCAACACCUAGAAGCUCAGAAACUUGUCAUGCUGAGCCAGCAAUUGUGGCCUCCUCAUGAUACGCCGCACAGCAUCACAAGUUUCCAGACCCAGACAUUUUUACAUUUGAUAAACAGGGGUCCUGUAUUACGCGCAUGUAGACGACAUCGACGUAUCCAUGGUUGGCGGGGACGAUGAUGAAUGAAAAUGAGGGGCCGCAAUGCGCUUAGUCGUGGCUUUGGAAGUCCUCUCGCCAACAACGAAAAUGUGUGAACAACACAGGAAUUACAAACGAAUCUGAUUACUUUGAUACAUGGUCGACGAGAGUCGCACUGACACGUGAUGAAUGUUUACUCGCGCUGGCGUUGUACAGAAAUUUUAAAGUUCUUUACGUAAAUAGCUGCGCAGUACCGCCUCAUGUAUGAGCACCGAUAUUUUCAUCUU